UUUGCCUGUGAACAUUGCUCGAAGCAAUUUCCCACCCCUUCACGUUUAAAUCAACACCUAAGAGCCCAUACUGGCGAGAAGAAGUUUGCCUGUGAACAUUGCUCAAAGCGAUUUCGCAUCCCUUCAGAGGUAAAGCAACACCUGCGAAUUUCUACUGGCGAAAAGCCAUUUGCCUGUGAACAUUGCUGGAAGCGAUUUUCUCGAUCUGGAAACUUAAAAGUUCACUUGAGAACCCAUACUGGCGAGAAGCCAUUUGUCUGUGAACAUUGCUGGAAGCAAUUUUCCCAGGCUUCAAGUUUAGAGAGACAUUUGAGAACCCAUACUGGCGAGAAGCCGUUUGCCUGUGAACAUUGCUCGAAGCAAUUUUCCGAUGCUUCAAGUUUAGAGACACAUCUGAGAAGCCAUACUGGCGAGAAACCGUAUUCCUGUACAUCUGAGGACCCAUACUGGAGAGAAACCGUAUUCAUGUGA